GUGUUUAGAGCAAACACUGGUUCCUACGAGUCGAACAACAUCCCCUCGCAUCUCAACAUGUCAUGAUAACCUUUCAUAUUUGUGUCUGGCUGGUUAAUUUAGAAGAAAAAGAAACAUGACGGGUGUUAAACUUCACAUCCCGUUUGUUUUAUUACUUAUGUUGAAUUGCUCGGAUGUGUUGAGGCUUUCGUCUGUGACAGCAGAAGAGAAUGAUGAGUCACUGGAGCUCGUGCUGUCAGAAGACGCGAUGUCCGACUUGGAGAACAGCCCCAAGUUUGUGGAGUCCGACGACCUGGAGUCUCUCCCGAAGAGGCAGUUCAAGACGGCCGAGAUCGCAGACGCUGUGAUGGGCACCGAGACCCCCAUCGACCCGUCUGACAUCGAGUCCCUCUUCCCCAAAAAUGUCAAAGACUUCCAGUCAGGCUUCUCCCCGCCUUGUGAUGAGAACAGCGCCCAGUGUGGUUCGCCUGAUCUAGCUGUAGAUGAAGCGUCAGUGCAGCAGGAGGACACAGAAUCAGCACAGCAGAUCACUCUUGACAUCGUGCGCGCUGAAGUCACGGCGACUGAGGAGCAGAACACCACAGAGACUGCCAAGACGUACAAGGUGAACUGUGAUAAGAGGAACAUCACAGGAAUUAAUGACUUCACUGUGCAGGUCCUCAACGCUUCACAGGACUUGAUGGAGUUCCUCAACGCUAACAGCACAGAGUGCUCCGUGGUGCUGUUCUUCACGGCGUGGUGUCAGUUCUCGGCGAGUCUGGCACCUCACUUCAACGCCCUGCCCCGGGUCUUUCCUGGCAUGCAUUUCCUGGCACUGGAUGCCUCACAGCACAGCAGCAGUCUCUCCACGAGGUUUGGGACGGUGGCAGUGCCCAACAUCCUGCUGUUCCAGGGGGCCAAACCUAUGGCUCGCUUCAACCACACGGACAGGACCCUGGAGACUCUCACCUCCUUCAUCGCUAACCAGACAGGGUUUGAAGCCGGCCCAGACAGAAACGUGACGGACGCAGACCUCCUCGGCCCCCUCCCCAGCGUCCCCAUGAAGAGCAUCGACUGGCUGCUGGUCUUCUCCAUCCUCUUCAUCACGGGCUUCACUACGUACGCCAUCCUGCGGACGGACAGCAUCCGCUGGCUCAUACCGGGGCAGGAGCACGAGCAUCAGGACUGAAAAUGCACAGACUUAAACAUUCACGAGGAUGUAAACAAUUACUUGAACCGUUUAGUUUAAUAAAAUAAAAAAAUAAUAAAAAAUGGUUAAUUUGCUCAUGUUUUAUGUGUUUGAAAGCGUUUUAAAUAUUGUGAUUUAUAAUAAAGAAUAUAAUGAUUUGUUGACUUUAAGGGAA